ACGCGUCCCGGCAUGCCGCGCGGGGAGCGCCGCGCCACGUGCGAGGCGCGGGGGGAGCGGGCGCCGGGUGCUGCAGAGCCGGCGGGGCGGGUUCACCAGUCAUGGCAAAAAGAGCCUUGAAACUUGCCUCGCUGGCAGCAGCUGCUUCUGGUAUCUAUCUGUAUGGCAACAAGUUCUUGGAUCCCAACGAUUUUGGAGUUGUUCGUGUGGGCCGAGCCAUUGCCACAACGGCAGUUAUCACCUGUGACUACCUCACCUCCCUUCGCAAUGUCCCGUAUGGAUCAGAGGAAUAUGACUUCCUCAAAUCACAGGAUUCAAGAGGAAGAAUGGAGGUUUACCAAUGUGAAAUGCUUUCAGAGGUGCACCUGCGCUCUGCUGAGCGCCUCCGAGAGCUGUGCUGUGCCAACCGAGGCACCUUCAUCAAGGUGGGCCAGCACCUGGGAGCACUUGACUACCUGCUGCCAGAGGAGUACACCCGCACGCUCAAGGUGCUGCACAGCCAGGCCCCGCAGAGCACCAGGCAAGAGAUCGAGCAAGUCAUCCGUGAGGAUCUGGGCAAAGAGAUAAAAGAACUCUUUGUGAGCUUUGAGGACACACCUUUGGGAGCAGCGUCACUAGCCCAGGUGCACAAGGCAGUGCUACAGGACGGGAGAACGGUGGCAGUAAAAAUCCAGCACCCAAAAGUCCAAGCUCAGAGCUCCAAGGAUAUUUUCCUCAUGGAGGUUCUUCUCUUGAUUGUGAAGCAGAUCUUUCCAGAUUUUGAGUUCAUGUGGCUAGUGGAAGAAGCAAAAAAGAAUUUGCCUUUGGAAUUGGAUUUCCUCAAUGAGGGCAGAAAUGCUGAAAAGGUUGCUCAGAUGCUCAAGAAAUUUGACUUCCUGAAGGUCCCCAGAAUCUAUUGGGAGCUCUCAACAAGGCGUGUUCUUCUCAUGGAGUUCAUGGAAGGAGGACAGGUGAACGACAAGGCAUACAUGGAGAAGAAUGGCAUUGAUGUCAAUGAGAUCUCUCGCAACCUGGGGAAACUCUACAGUGAAAUGAUCUUUGUGAAUGGCUUUGUCCACUGUGACCCACACCCAGGCAAUGUGCUGGUGAAGAAGUGCCCAGACUCUGGCAAGGCCUACAUUAUUCUCCUGGACCAUGGGCUCUACCAGGUGCUGAGCGAGUCAUUCCGCAUGGACUACUGCCGCCUUUGGCAGGCCCUUAUCAAGGCUGACAUGAAGAGGGUGCAGAAGUACAGUCGGCGGCUUGGGGCAGGAGAUUUGUACCCUCUCUUUGCCUGCAUGCUCACUGCCAGGUCCUGGGAGUCUGUCAACAGGGGAAUUGACCAGUCACCACUCUCAGCCAGCGAGGAUGUGGAGAUCCGGUCCAAUGCUGCUGCUUACCUACCCCAGAUCACCCAGCUCCUCAACAAUGUCCCCCGCCAGAUGCUGCUGCUACUGAAGACCAAUGACUUGUUAAGGGGAAUUGAGUCAGCUCUGCAUACACGGGCCAGUGCCAGUUCCUUCCUCAACAUGUCUCGCUGCUGCAUCAGAGCUGUGUCCACGUAUCAGAGGAGCAAAAGUCACUCGCUUUACAGGAGGGUCCACAUCUCACUCACAGAAGCACUGAGCCUAUGGCAGAUCGACUUGUAUGAACUCUUUCUGUGGCUGAAAGGGUCUUGUCUGGGGAACUGGGUCAUUGCUUUCCUGAGCCGGAUGCACCAUUCCACAUAACUGACAUGAACUCAUGGAAGAGGCUCAAGUGUUCCCGCCAUUCCACUUCUACUCUCCAUGGCAUAUUUGCAUUUAUGACUGUUUCUGCUGUUCUGUGGCCUAUUCUUGGGUCUUGCUCCUUGUUACAUGCUGCACUGUCCUUGCUUGUUACAACACUAGCUUUCUCUGUGGCAGCAAGAGGUGAAGUAGGUAUGAGGGUUCUGCUGCUUUAUAGUUUAAGAAAGGAAGGUGUGGUAUACUGUGUCAGGAAAGGCAUAGUAUUUUCUCUCCCCAUUUGAGCUGGGGAAAUUCCAGACAUUCCAGUGGUACUGCACUGGAAGCAAAAGACUUUUCUAGGCUCUUUCUUAAACAAUCUUACAAAAUUUAAAAGAAUCACUGCCCUGCCUAGAAUACCCCGAAACAUUUAUUUGACCUUUGAAAAGAGAGGGUCCAUCCCUUUAAAUUCCAAUAUGAUUUAUUUUAGCUAUUGCAGAGUCUCCGUAGUCUAACUUCUGCUCAAAUGUUCAGAGAGUUUCUCAGAGAGAAGUGAGACCUUGUGGAGAGCUGGCGUUAUGACUUCUAUUUCCAGUACUAGAGUACCGUAAUGGUGAGAACAGUGGACUGGAACCCUGGUUCCUGAGGUUCUUGUAUUGUCAGCAAGUGCCUGUGUGGGUUUUGGACGUUUUCAGUCCUGUUUCCUUGCAGUUGGAAUGAAGAAGGAGACAGUGGUCCUACCUUUUUUUCAAAAAUCAGGGAAGGCAAGAGGAAGGACAACUCAGGGCUCUGAAACUGCUGGUAAUGUAUGUGUGCUGUACAGAUGCUGCCGCACAGCAAAAUAAAUGUGUUGCAUCAAAGACAUUUGUAGGAAGGAUGCCAAGCUCUGUACUGAGGGUGAUUUUUGUGACCUCUAACCUCAGACCUGUUUCCAGGGGAGUGAGUGAUGUAAGGCAGUGCUUGUUAACUGCAAGGUGAGUGAAAUGCCAUCUUGGUCCUUCCUCUGCUCAAGAAGUUUGUUCCACAUGCA